AUGAGUUUAUAUAAGCAAGAUGAAUUGCAAGAAUUUUUUCUUACUUUACAACAUAUCUUUGAAGAAACUUCACUCAGUGUUUUAUCAACAGUUGAUUUAUUGCACGAAAGACUUGCAUUUAUAACGGGUGGUAUAAGUCAUAAGUGUCCAAUUCUUACAUUUUCGGAUAAUUCUCAAAUUGAAUUAACACAAGAAAAAUAUAAAAAACUUAUUUCUUAUUUAACACAAGUACCAAGUGAAAAUGAACGUCAAUGUGGUUUUGUUCUUAUUAUUGAUCGACGAUCAAAUACAUGGAACGCUGUUAAAUCUAUUAUUAGCUAUAUAGAGGAUUAUUUUCCAUAUUCAAUUCAAUGUAUAUAUCUUCUUCGACCAAAUUCAUGGAUACAACGAGCUUUAUCUUAUUUAACAAUUUUAAAUGAUAUAACUUGUUCAUAUCGUUUGAUUAUGUGUCGAACAUUAUCUGAACUUCAUGAAUAUUUAAAUGUAACUCAAUUAUCAAAAGAUUUAGGUGGUUUAAUUAAUUUUCGUUUAUUUGAAUGGAUUGAACAAAGAAUGACAAUUGAAAAAUUAACUCAAUCAAUACAUGAAUUAAAUGAUAUAUUACUUGUAUUUAUAAAAGAAUGUUAUGAAAUUGAAUUUCCUAAUACUGUUGAAUUAAUACAAAAAAUACUUCAUCAACAUUCAAUACAAAAAAUUGAAUUCGAUCAAGAAUUACAACGUAUUAAAACUGCUUUACUACAUAUUGAUCGUAUCGAAUCUAUUCUUUCACAAUUUUGGUCUAUACAUACAACACGUUUAAAUUAUUGUCUUGUAUUACGUCAUUUUGAACAACGUUUUAAAGAGAUACAAACUGUUUUUAUACAAUUAUACAAUGAAAUCAUUGAAUUGCCUAACCUAAAUACAAAUUUACUUCUAGUUGACCAUUGUCAAUCUGAUAAUAAAAAUAAUAAUCAUAAAGAAGAAAUUGAUCAAAUACUAAUUCAACUUGAUGCCCUUUCACAACGAACACAAACGAUGAUCAGUCAUGCUACUCAAUUGGCGAAUGAUGGCCUUGCUCUAAUAAUGGAACAAAAGAAACAACAAACAAUAUCCUAUGGUAAUGAUUCUAUUGAACCGAAACGUCAAGAAUUAGAAGAAAUGAAAAAAAAAUUAAUUGAACAAAUUGAUGAAAAACGACAUAAUUUAAAAUUAUUAAAAAUAUAUAUUGAUAAACUUGGAUCUAUAAAUGAUUGGUGUAUACGUGGUAAAGAUAUGUUAGCAAUGCAAUCGAUUCAUUUAUCGAAUGAUAAAGCAAGUCAAUCUCUAAAUGAACUUGAAUAUUUUCUUACUGAUUUAUCAAUAAUGAAUAUUGAAGAAUUACAACAUACAUCAACACCGGAACCACUUCGUACAAUGAUAAUUCAAGUAUUUAAUCGUGUAAAUGAUAUUCGAGAUUUAUGUGAAAAACGAUGUGAACAACUUCGUCAUCUAGUUAGAUCUACUUAUCGACCAAUACAAUGUGUUCAUCCAUUACCAAAUCAACAAAAUGAAUCAUUUAAUUUAAUUGAUACAACAAUAACACCAAUAUCACAACAACAACAAAUAAAUGAACAUAUUUCAAAAUUUGAUAUGGAUUUUAAUCGUUUAUUAUUAUCAUCAAAUAAUGAUUCCAUAAUAAAUCAUAAUACAAAAAUGGAUAAAAAGCAAAGACAUGUUGUAACUGAACUUUUAGUUACCGAACAAGUUUAUGUUGAAGAAUUACGUACUGUAAUCGAGGGUUAUAUGAUUAAAUUUGAUGAUUUUGAACAAAAUCGUUCUUUACCUCUAGUAAUCUUACAAAAUAAAAGCAUACUAUUUUCGAAUUUACCUGAUAUUUAUGCAUUUCAUGCUACAUCAUUUCUUCGUGAUCUUCAACAAAUUUAUAAUGAUUCAUUAUUAAAUAAUACACGUUCGAUUGGUAGUGCUAUUGCAUCAUGUUUUAUUAAACGAAAAUCAAAUUUUAAAUUAUAUGAACAAUAUGUUCUUAAUAAAUCUCAAUCGGAACAUAUAUGGGAACAAUAUUGUUGUGGACAUUCAUUUUUUACAAAAAUUCAACAAUCACUUGGACAUCGUCUUCCAUUAGAUUCUUAUUUAUUAAAACCCAUUCAACGAAUAACACAAUAUCAACUUUUACUUAAAGAAAUGAUUAAAUAUACCCGUCAGGAACAAGAACGCAUACAUUUACAAGAAGCUCUUUAUGUUAUGUUAAAUAUUUUAUCACAUCUUAAUGAUGUUAUGCAUUCAACACAAAUUGUUGGUUAUCCUGAACAUUUAUAUACAUUGGGUCAAAUACGUUUACGUGGUGAAAAUUGUUUAAUAUCAAAAGAGAAACGUCGUGGUACAGUUUAUACACGUACAAAAACAAGUACAAGAGAUAUAUUCGUAUUUGAACGUGUUAUAUUAUUAUGUAAGAAAAAAGAUGAAGGAAAUGGAAAAUUUCUUCAAUAUCAAUUUAAAGAAAUGAUUAAAAUUACUGAUAUUGCUGUUUGUACAUAUCCAAAAAAUGAUCGAAAGAAAUUUGAAAUUCUACUUAAAGAUUACUCAUAUAUUAUACAACUUUCAUCAAAUGGAGAAGCAAUUGAAGAAAUGAAUUCACGUUGGAUUGAUACCAUUAAAAAUUGUAUUACACAACAAACAGAACAACAUCGAGGUGAAACAAAACAUCGAAGUACUUCAUUAGAUCCUUCAAUAAAUGCUCGUCGUCGACGUUUACAAAAUCGUAAAAUUGUUUUUAAUCGAACUCCUGAAUCUGAUGAUGAACAAGCUCAUUUACCAAUCACAUUAAUCGAUUUAAAUAUUGAUAAUAUUACACAAAAUAAUAAACUGGUAUUGUUAUUUCAGACUAAAAAAAAAAAACUUUACAUAUAA